AAACCCUAAGUAAAUGUAAACUCUACAGAUGACGACUAUACGAAAUAAGCCUUCAGUACAUGCUACAGAUAACUAACGUUUAGUAAGAACUUGUCAUUUUGAGUGUCAUUGUUUUGACGGACUGUACAGUGUCAGCCAUGGUGCGACAAGCUCACUGACCUAUAGUAUCUCCCCGACACUAGGACAUUCACCACCUGACGACCUAUCAGGACUUAACCCUAGCCCUAACCCACUGGGACAUUCCCCACCAGACGACCUAUCAGGACUUAACCCAAGCGACUAGACGAGCAGAGCGAACCGUCUCACAAUUUCAAUGUCAGGAUAAAUAGAUCCAACAACUUUUGGAUCCGUCCUACGUAGAUCUCAAGUAAAACGCUAGAUGUGUGCUGAUCGGUAUUAUUGUAUUAUGUGACUUCUACAAACAGACACUCUGUGGUCCUGUGGAUGGCAGUGUGUAAUUUUUGACAAGUAACUAUUCACCAUGUCAGAAUACGAGGACAUUUUGCAGAAAAUUCGUCCCUUUGGGCCUCACCAAGUGCGAACAUUUGUAUUAGUUUCUCUGUUUGAAACACCUCUAGCAUGGGCAAUGCUCGGUCCUAUAUUUACAGCUAAAACUCCAUUAUUCUCAUGUUCUGAUAAAAAUCAAACACUUUAUUUAGAUACCAAUGCUACUGAUUCCUGUGAACAUAAAAAUGUAUGUGAAUCGUAUGUCUUCCAAUCAGAUUUCACGUCCAUUGUAUCUGAAUGGCAACUUGUGUGUGGCCGAGGAGCUGUGGCUGACCUUAUUACAUCUUUGCAAAUGGCUGGUGUGUUGUUUGGUGCUGUUAUAACUGGCCAGCUGGCUGAUAUAUUUGGUCGGAAAAAAAUAUUAUUCAUAGAGUAUGCAUUGCUUAUAGUUUUGUGGUUCUCAACUGGAUUUGUGACAGUUUGGGAACUGUAUGCAGCAUUAAGGUUUUUGAUUGGAGGACUUAUAGGUGGAUGUCUGGUAGUCAACUUUGUUUUACCUCUUGAAUUUGUCACACCUCAGUGGAGAACCUUCUGUGGCUGCGUAGGUUUCUGGGCAGUUGGACUCAUGACUUUAGCGUUGUGGGCAUUUCUUGUCAGAGACUGGAGGCAUCUUGAUCUAGCAAUGUCGUCAACGGGUGUAGUACUCCUGCCUUUGUGGUGGCUGAUUGACGAAAGUCCACGCUGGCUGCUAAGUAGAGGUCAUCUAAAGGAAGCUCAAGAGAUAAUUUCAAAGAUGGCCAAGUUUAAUAAGAGACCAGUUCCUGAUAUGAAAUGUUUACAAGACUUUGUUCAGAGAGAGAAAAUCAGAAUCAAUGAAGAGAAGAAAUACUCCUACUGGCACUUGUUCUCUUCUGUGAACCAAACCAAAGGAACUUUAAUUUGUAUGUUUGGAUGGUUUGUCUCAAGCUCAGUCUACUAUGGUCACAACUUCAACAGCAAGAAUCUGGUUGGAAAUAUGUACCUCAAUGUAUUCAUUUCUGGCUUGGUUGAGAUACCUGCAUUGAUAUUUGUACUUUUCAGUAACAAUCACUUGGGCCGACGUAUAACUGUCUUCUUGCUCAUGCUUCUCUCAGGUCUAGCCUGUGUUGCUGUUCUCGUCAUAGAUAUAGCAGGUCAGGGUGAAAGCAUGCCAGGACUAACUAUAUCAAUGGCCAUGUUUGGCAAGUCUUGUAUCUCAGGGGCCUGGGCUGCUGUACAGAUUCUCUCAGCGGAAACAUUUCCUACUGUCAUAAGAAAUAUAGGUAUUGGUGCUUGCUCAAUGGCUGCCAGAAUUGGUGGUAUUGUAGCUCCACAGUUUGGUUUCUUAGGCAAGACUUUGAUGCAUGUUCCUUUCACAAUAUUUGGCAUAUUAGCAGUUACCUGUAGUUUUUUGGUGUUGUUGUUAAAUGAAACAAAAGAUGCCCCCCUACCUGAUAGAAUACAUUCUACAUUGCCUUCAACCCCUGCUGAAGUGGAACUCUUAAAUCAUGGUAAGAACAAAGCGGAGAAUGGAUCAGGUGACGACUUCAAUCUCACAGAGGUAGACAAAAUUUCUUUUGGUCAGAUGGCUUAACUUUGUCAAGUAGGAACAUUGUACUCAAUAUUUAAUCUGAAAUAACAGACUUGAAUUGGACAGCCUAGUUGAUUAAAAUAUUUAUGGUAGGCUGUUUUGAUAAAAAUACAAUUUAUUUAUUUAUAAUUUAUAUAUAUAUAUAUAUAUAUUGAUUGUUUUUUAAAUAUUGAAACACUGUUGUUGUGUUGUUGUUUUUUUAAAUUACUGCUACUGUGUAUAUAUAGUAGUUGCAACGUGUAGGUACUUCUAUAAAAGCAAGUGACCUGUGCACUGAUAUUGUUACUAUAGGUGGACCCAUUAUGACUGCUAUAUAGAAGUAACAGUGUUAUAGAUUAACUGUGUGCUUUGUACAGGCACAUAACAUUGGUCAACAGCUUGUUAAGUCGAGUGUUUGAGAGAAACAUUUAAACUUGUUUAUUUUAAUGCUUUGAUUGUGAGCAAUCAUUUUCUAGGCUUUCUAAAGUAAAUUACAUUAGACAAACAUGUUUGAGCUAAUAAAUAAGCUGUUUUUAAUUAUCAUGUAUAAUGACACAUAGACAAUGCUAUGACUUAAUGACAUCAUGUUUAAUGACACACAAUGUUAUAACAAUAUUUUGUUUUUUAAUCUUUUGGGGCAUUUCCUUUUUAUACCAUUUUUUAAAAUGUUUUUAUACUUCUUUUCUCAAGUAUCCUACAUUUGCAGUAAAUUUGAAGUUGACAUCUAACACCUUGUUAUUUCCAAUUGUAACUUAGUCCUGAAGAAUGCUGGACGUAGGGAGUCAAAAGCCUUCAUAUAAUUACAUUGAACUUGUCAAAGUACACAAUCAUUGAAGAUGUUUUGUACACAGUCAUGGAAGAUGUGUUGUACAUUCUCUUUCAAAUAUUGUAUGAGCUUACAGCAGACAUGCUGUAGUAAGUAGUGAUUGAACCUGCAAUUGCAAAAGCAUUGCUAAAUCAUUUGUAGUUAUUUAUUAUUCAAUUAAAAUUAUAACUACAUACAUACAAAUAGAUUGACAAAUUUGAGUAUCCAUUAUCCUAUUCUUGAAAGAUGCGCUCAAUUUGGCUGUUUUACAUACAAUUAUUUACACUAUUUAUAGUAGUUCUUAACAAUUCUGUUACUAUUCUUUGCCAGAGUGAACAGCAUGCAGUGACUUGUAGUAAGCACUCUCCUGGUAAUUGUAUCUCCUGUCCUAGACUUGGCAAUGAGCAGAGCCUCAAAUGUUUCAUUGUUUAGAUGACUCUUAAAUUCAUAGUCAACAUUCUCUAACAAUAUGCUAAUGAGUAACGGAUUAUCAUUUUUGUAAGCAUGAUUUCAGACAAUUAAAAAACAAAAAUUUGCGCAUUUUCCUUCAUUUCCUCAAUAGCAGCCCAUGUGCUGUUGAAUCUUUCUUGCGCUGUAUGUCAGUGGCUUGAUAAAGACAAAACUCACACUUCACAUUGGCUCCAGUAAACAUCCUUAGGCAACAUUACUGGAAAACUUUUAAAAAGAAUCCAGUGAGGAAGUGGUCUGUUUAUCAAUAUCAACAAUCUCUACAUGUCCAGGGGAUGAAGCCUAUACAGCAUCAUAAAAUAUGGUUAAUGUUUCAUCUCUGAGAUAGCUUGUCCUAAAUGUAGUCCUGAAUUAGUGCUGAAUUGACUGAUUAUUGAAUGAACUUAAUUUGGCAUGUUACUGUACCUCAUAUUCAUUUAUGAAAUAAAACUGCCCAAGUCGGAAGGAAUCGGAAAACGUAGAUCCAAAUAUUUUUAAAAAGUUGUUUCAUAUGACAUUUUACAAAAUCAAAAUUUAGAUAAUGGUCGUGGGCAUAUUUGUUUGUCUGAAUAGGAAAAUAAAUAGCACUUUUCUGUAAUGUUGGAACCUGAGAGGUUUUUUGGUGAUUUUGAUGGAUCGUUCUGCAUAAAGCAUAACUGUAGCCUUGUCUGGCUUAGAGAAAUAUUUCAUAGCAUAUGUAAAUUAAAUGUUCAAUUCAUUUUGUUUGUAUACAUAUCACACAUACAUUCCAAAAGGACAACUACAAUGAUCAUGACCAUAAACAUACUAUCAUUUACAAUCGCCGUCUACUAAAGCUUCAUAUUUCCUUUUUAUUGAAAGUUAUUUAUUUUGUUGACGACAUCCUUUAUACAAUAAUUCUUUGUCGACAUAUUUUAAAACUGGUAUUAAUAUAAAACUGACUUGGGCCUCUUUGUUUUUGAAGGCAUGCAAUUGAUUUGUUACGACUGUUACUAAGUCAAUAUUUAAUUUCAUUUCAGCUUAGAACAAAAUUUGUUACUCAGACAAGAAUUAGGGAGAUGUUGAUUUUUAGUUAUGUAUACUUUGUAUACUUUGUUUUUAAUCCUGUAAGAUUUGUUCUACGUAAUCAGAGGAUUCCUUUGUUGUUGUUUUUUUGGUUUGUUAAUUCAUCAUUUUUACAUCAUUUUUUAUAAUCAGGAUGUCAUUAGUCAAUCCAAACACAUGACAUUUUUUGUUUAAAUUUUUCCAUCAUUUUUAUUUACUUGUUAUCCAUUAUUUUAAAAUGUUUUUAGAGCCAGUAUUAUAAUUUAUAUCUAAACUAAAAGUUGUUUUUGAAAUGUUCAUAAUUAGAGCAAAAAAAUUAUUUAUGUAUAUUUAAGACAUUCUUUCAACAUAUAUCUUAUAUAAUCUUGGGAUAAAACAAUUGAUUUUUAAAAGUCCUGCUUAUUAUUAUAAUAUAAAUAUUGAGUCUUUGUUGUUUUUUUAAGACAUGAAGCUUUUUCCUCGAGUCUGGAGAUUAAGGAGUGCUAUAAAGCAAGUAGCUACGCAGUCCCAGUUGCAACCUACAUAUUUUGCCACAUCUAGUGCAGACAUAAUCAUUGUCCGCCAGUGGUUGAUUUAGGUUUGCUUUUCGAUGUGUAAAUUGUGAAAUAGCAACUAUAAUGAUUACAAUACAAAUCUUUGGCUGUGAAUAUCCCUUUUCAUCCAGCCUGAUUGAUGUAAUUCUUUCUGAUGGCUAUCUGACCUUGUCUGCAUUCAUCUUUCAGAUACCAAAAAAUAUGAGCAAUCUGCAUAUAAUCUUGGCUAAAUUCUAUAUGUCUUUCUUUUAGAUUUGUUUUAAAUAUCAACUCUAGACUUAUGUUGACUUAGACUUCACACUGAUCUAAAUGUCUAGAAUGACUAAUGAAGUCAAGUACAUGUAGUACUUUGUUUUCACACUUGUGAUUUAUUAGUUGGGGGGAGAAAACCUAAUGAGGGCAUACUAAACAUUAUUAGUUUAAAACAUCCAUUUGUUAUUUCUCUUGUGUGUGUGUUUAUUAUUAUUAUAUAUGCCUGUAUAAAUGCAUGUAUUUCAUUUUGAUGUAACAUGCUUAUAAGUCAUUUAGAUACAAUGUUUGGUAGUAGUUAUGAGACCAACAGUGAUGGAUGCUUAGUAGUAACUAAAACUAAAUGUUAUGUUAACAAAAAUUGGCAUUUAUAUACACAUUUAGAAACAAUUGUACACAUUUUGUCAUUUGUCUUAAGGAUUCAUUCAAAAGCCAUUCACUUCACUUGUGUCCAAAAUAAAUUCUAUUGAUAUUAAUGUAAUGGAAGAUCUAUCUCGAAUGGAAACUAGCAGUGUUUUAUUAAUGCUGAUUUAUCUCUAUUUUAAUGUAUGAGCUUAAGUUUGUCAUUGUUAUAUUAAGACGAAUAGUCUAAGGCCUAAGGUAAUUUACCUAUCUAUGUGUUAUCCAUAAUUUAUUUGUCAUAGUUUAGUUUAAUAUUUAGGUCAAUGACUAAAGGGCAGCCAUCAUAGUUAUGUGUGUAUGUUUACAAUGUUUUUGUAUAGGAACUAGAGAAGUCUAUUUUUAUUCACCACAGUUCCAUUCUGCAAACACUUUUUGUUUCUGUUCUGACUAGACAGUCAUAAAGUUUUCCCUAAGGCUGUGACAUGACACUUUGCUGUGGAAAUGUGGAAAUCUUGAAAUAGGAGGGAAAAAAAACAGGAUUAGUGCACAUGCACUUUAAAAGAUGUUUUCUCUCUAGUAUUAGAAAUUGUCUUAUUCUCAUCUUUGGAUUUGUAAAUAUAGUUUUUUGAGAGGAAUUGAGUCUGUAAUAAAUGAAGACAAUAUUAAGUACUAUUGUACUAACAUUUAUGAUAAAAUAGUAAUGUUAUGUACUCAUCUUUUUAUUUAAUAGCCUAAGCUUGAGGAAGUUGCUAGAUCUGGGUUUUAUCCGGAAUUAUGUCUGAUGUGUUUUUUUGUCAGCAUAAUUGCUUACAUUUGUUUACAUGAAACAAAGUUGGUGGAAAGACUUUUUCAUCCAUUUGUUUACUUUUAACAAACUUAAGGGGAGAGAAUGUGUUAGCUAUAAUGUAUUGUUCCUCAUCAGAGCUUGUUAAGCUGUAAAGAACUAAAGUAUCAUGUGCUGCUCAGUUUCACAAGAUAUUUACUUCACCUCCUGCACAUUGAUUCAAUUCUUUCAUAUCCAACCUACAAUCAGCGUACUUUAAGGAGUGAACAUUUGCAUAGGUUAUUGCCUUUCAUUUUAAAAGGUAGGUCUUUAAAAAAGCCAUUUUAGGAACAAUUUCAUAUACAUUUUAUUUCUCAUGAGAUCUUUAAAUAAUAGAUCUAGAUAUCCAUAAGUAACUUACAUGGGGACCAACUCUCUAGACAUCUCUAGUUGUUAUAAAUGAACAAAAGUAAUUUUGUACAAGAAUAUUUAUGAUUUUUUUUUGGUUGUCAGUUUUUUAAAAAUACUCAAUAUAAAAGUGUUUUUUUUUUUCUCUAGAUCAUUACAGUGAGUGAUCUGAAAGUAAGGGUCUUUAUUGGAUUGUACUGUUAACUGAGCAUAUCAUCACAGAUCUCUCAUUACUAUAUAAUAGAAAUGUCACAUAUCUAUAUAUCACUGUGUACAAUUGUACGGUAACAUUGUACUUUUAAAAAUAUAACAUGCAUAUAAAUAUAUAGAACAACAAGUGUACAUUUCAUAUUGUAAGUUGCUUUUUUUUUUCUUUCUUGAAAUGAUUGCCAGA